GACCCGGCGGCAGCCCCGCGGAAGCAGACGGCGGUGCUGCGGCUCCAGCUGACCACGAGGUCCCAGCUGUUUCCCGCCAUUGCUGAAUGUUGUUACUACAACUCCAAAGCCGCCGACCUUUCUUUAUCAAAACACCCGCGUCUGCCAGCGCCAGCCUUUGCCGUGGAGAGUGGAUGAAAUCAAAAGGCUCGAUGGCUUAUUAUGCGGGUCAGAAGACGCUGCAGGAAUUCCGCAGAGCGGAGAAGGAAGUGAUUGGCGGCUUGUGUAGCCUGUCGAACAUCCCGCUGACGCCGGAGAGCCAGCGCGACCACGACCGGCGCAUCCGCCGGGAGAUCGCCAACAGCAAUGAGCGGCGGCGCAUGCAGAGCAUCAACGCAGGAUUCCAGUCGCUCAAGGUGCUGCUGCCCCACACAGACGGCGAGAAGCUGAGCAAGGCCGCGAUCCUACAGCAGACGGCAGAAUACAUCUUUGCCCUGGAGGAGGACAAGACACGGCUGAUGCAGCAGAAUGCACAUCUGAAGCGGCUGGUGCAGGAAUACUCCGGCUCCUCCCCGAAGCGGAAGCGGGGAGACGAGUCGGACGAGGGAAUCGGGUCCCCGGACUCUGCUGACGAGGAGCUGGCCGAGCUGCGGCAACUCCUGGAGAAGGAGCGGCUGCUGCGGAUCAGCCUGGAGGAGAAGGUGAAGAGCCUGGAGUCGCAGCUGCAGCCGGGGAAGCUGCAGGAGAUCCUGCAACAAGCGCAGCUGCUGCAAGAACACGACAAUGCGCGGGAGCGGCGGAGGCAGCCGGGGGAGGAGCAGCAGAGAUGCAUCAACGCCGCGCAGGUGCCCGCCGCACAGAGUCCCCCCACCCCAACUCACCACCCCACCGUCAUUGUGCCGGCACCUCCCCCGAUCAGCGUGCUCCAAGUCAACGUUGUUACCAUGGCACCCAGCUCCGUCAUCAGCACCGUGUCCACAUCAAAGCAGAACCUGGACACCAUUGUACAGGCCAUUCAGCAUAUCGAAGCCACGGAGCAGGGUAUCAAAGAGGAACCGGCAGGAGCGGAGAAACGGAGCCCGGAUUUUCUAAACCUAGAUGGGAUGCAAGAGAGCCUGAAGGAGAACAGGGAGUGGCAUGAGCUGGUGACAACCUCGCCUAUGAUAAUGAAGAGCCCCUAUGGGGACAUUGAGACUGAAAGCCAAGAAGCCGGCCAGAGAGAGAUGCUGGCAGCGUUGCGGAGGCCCAAGGUGGAGAUGGAGCCAGUUCCCUCUGUGUUGGUGCCGGGCACCAGCAUCUAAAUGAGACUGCAGAGCCUUAUCAAUAUGCACUGAGGAAGCGGAGGACUUGGAGGGGGAUGAAUCCAAGAAGUUUGAGAUUAAGGGACCUUUUGAAUGGCAUUUGUCCCAAACAAAUCCUUUCCUCCCCUUCCAGAGCAAGAGCAGUCUCGAAGGUACAGUUGGGUCACGUGCUCUGUGUGUGGGUGAAAUGGGGAGGAGUGGAGGGCUGGUUAUUGCUAAACCUGCUCAGGUUUGGUGCAGUUUCUCACAAAACAUCUCUGGCCCGUUGCACAUGGGGAACAUCAUUGUUGCCGAUCAGUGGACCUAUUGUCCAUGGCCCUGAUUGUGGAAUGGCCCAGAAUCUAAUGUAAAUCUGAUGUCCUUUAGAUUCCUCGACUCUUAAUCCCUGUCACGAUCCUAGUGGCCCAGCCGUUGGAGUUGGAUGAGGCUAAACCACCUGAGAAUUCCCCACGAUUUAAAAUGAUCAUCAAAUGGGCAAUUGGAGAUGAUAAAGACAAUAGGUGCAGGAGUAGGCCAUUCAGCCCCUCAAGCCAGCAGCGCCAUUCAGUGUGAUCAUGGCUGACCAUUGCAUUUAAAGGUUUGCUGGGGAAUGCCGCUGUGUUUGUUUCGAUUGUCCAUUGAUAAGUUGGGAUCUUUCUAUUUGUCUUAUUUACCCUGGUGGCACAGCGGUAGAGUUGCUGUCUCACAGCGCCAGGGACCCAGGUUCGAUCCUGACCACGGGUGCUGUCUGCACAGAGUUUGUACCUUCUCCCCUAUGGUCAUGUGAGCUCCGGGCUUCCUCCCACACUCCAAAGACGUACAGCUUGGUAGGUUAAUUGGCUUUGGUAAAAAUUGUAAAUUGUCCCGAGUGCGUAGGAGAAUACAGCAUACACUGGUCGGCAGCAACUCGGUGGGCCGAAGGGCCUGUUUCCAUUGCUGUAUCUCUACACCUAACAGAAAAUACCUAACCCUGCAUCUGGUGCCAGCAGUUCUUGAUGUGGAUGGGCUGGGUCAUAUUGUGGGUAACUGUCUUUUACAUAGAAACAUAGAAAAACAUAGAAAAUAGGUGCAGGAGUAGGCCAUUCGGCCCUUCGAGCCUGCACCGCCAUUUAAUAUGAUCAUGGCUGAUCAUCCAACUCAGUAUCCUGUACCUGCCUUCUCUCCAUACCCCCUGAUCCCUUUAGCCACAAGGGCCACAUCUAUCUCCCUCUUAAAUAUAGCCAAUGAACUGUGGCCUCAACUACCUUCUGUGGCAGAGAAUUCCACAGAUUCACCACUCUCAUCUCGGUCCCAAAAGAUUUCCCCCUUAUCCUUAAUCUGUGACCCCUAGUUCUGGACUUCCCCAACAUCUGGAACAAUCUUUCUGCAUCUAGCCUGUCCAACCCCUUAAGAAUUUUGUAAGUUUCUAUAAGAUCCCCCCUCAAUCUUCUAAAUUCUAGCGAGUACAAGCCGAGUCUAUCCAGUCUUUCUUCAUAUGAAAGUCCUGCCAUCCCAGAAAUCAGUCUGGUGAACCUUCUCUGUACUCCCUCUAUGGCAAGAAUGUCUUUCCUCAGAUUAGGAGACCAAAACUGUACGCAAUACUCCAGGUGUGGUCUCACCAAGACCCUGCAGUACAACUGCAGUACAACCUCCCUGCUCUUAUAAUCAAAUCCUUUUGCUAUGAAUGCCAACUAACCAUUUGCUUUCUUCACUGCCUGCUGCACCUGCAUGCCUACUUUCAAUGACUGGUGUACCAUGACACCCAGGUCUUUUGCCAAUGCCUUAACAACAGUUACUCAAUGGUAAAGUGCUGGAGUAACUCAGCGGGUCAGGCAGCAUCUCUGGAGGACAUGAAUAGGUGACGUUUCGGGUCGGGACCCUUCUUCUGAUCAAUUAGGUGCAGGGGCCACUUCUCAUCGUUAAUGGUAAACUGGCACCUUACAGCUCGGUAGGAAGGAACUGCAGAUGCUGGUUAACACCGAAGAUAAGACACAAAAUGCUGGAGUAACGGUCCCGGCCACUUUCACGAUCUUUUUAAGUCGUGGACAUUUCAUCACGCCCCGACCUACUUGAUGCCACGAGUACCUACGACCAACAUUACCAUCUACCUAUGACCUCGUGACGACCAUGCUGCGAGUACGAGUCAAGGGCAAACUCGGCAGAGGUCGUGAAAGUGGGACAGGCCCUUAAGGAAUGGGUGACGUUUCGGGUCGA